AUGGGGAUUAUCGAAUAUUGGGAUCUUGCUACACUUCAGUUCCCUGAAAGUGGGGUUAAUUCCAAGUUGAAAAGUGAUACUGAUUUGUUUGCGAUUGUCAAAAGUAAAACUGCUAUUUCUACUAUUGAGGUAAGUCCAGAUGGCAAACAAUUUGCAAUCACAUCACCAGAUCGAAGAAUACGUAUAUUUUGGUAUAGAACUGGUAAACUAAGACGUGUCUAUGAUGAAUCACUUGAGAAUGCUCAAGAUCUUCAAAGAAGCGAUGUUCCUUUGUAUCGAUUAGAAGCUAUUGAUUUUGGGAGAAGAAUGGCAGUUGAAAGAGAAAUUGAAAAAACAGAAAAUGUCCUACAACCAAAUGCACUAUUUGAUGAAAGCUCUAAUUUCAUUAUUUAUCCAACUCUCCUUGGUAUUAAAAUUGUAAAUCUGCACACAAACAAAGUUUCCAGAAUAUUAGGGAAGGUGGAAAAUAAUGAUAGGUUUUUAAGAAUUGCUUUGUAUCAAGGUGAUCAAAGCAGUAAAAAAGUGCGAAAAAUUCCUGCUGCUGCUGUAAAUGUGAAUGAAAGCAAAGAUCCCAUGACAGAUCCUACUUUGUUAUGCUGUGCUUUUAAGAAACACAGAAUCUAUUUGUUCAGCCGAAGAGAACCAGAGGAACCUGAUGAUGCAACCAAGGGUAGGGAUGUCUUUAAUGAAAAGCCUCCUCCUGAUGAACUUAUGGCUGCAUCAGAUAUUGGAAAGUCUGUUACAACAUCUCUUCCAGAAAAUGUGCUCUAG